UGUAGUAGCUGUUAGUUUAUGUGUAUACAUGUUCGAAUUUAAGAGAUAAUAUAUCAUUUCUUAUUUCUUACAAGACACGUGCGUUGUUAUUGAAAUAAGGGUUUAUAUAAUAAAAGGAAGGAAAAUGUUAACAACAAAGGUUUUCUUCCGGAAAACCAAAGGUGGCAACGUCUUUAAGACUGUUCGGGAGCACUAUCUCAGAGAUGAUAUUCACUGUGGCUCUAAAGCUUGUGACAAAUGCUUGUACAGAAACAAAAAUAUUAUUCUCGAUGAUGAGGAUUCCAGUGUGAAAUGUUCUAAGCUCUUGCAUCCUUAUUACCUUCUGUUGGAUACUAACAUUAUUCUGGACCAAAUAGACAUUUUGGAAGAAGAUGUUAUCCACAAUGUUAUAAUUUUGCAAACAGUGUUAGAGGAAGUGAAACAUAGAAGCUCCACUGUAUAUAAAAAGUUGAAAGAUAUUAUCAGCAACUCACGUAGAAGAUUUUAUAUAUUUGUUAAUGAACAUCAUAAGCAGACCUAUAUUGAACGUAAACCUGGUGAAAGCAUGAAUGACAGAAAUGACAGAGCAAUUCGGGUUGCAACAAAGUGGUACAACAAUCAUUUAAGUACCAGUGAUUCUAAUAUUAGGACUGUGCUAUUAACAGAGGAUUCACGAAACAGAGAACUAGCAAAAAACGAAGGAAUUCCAGCCUUAUCGAUGGAAGAUUAUGUGAUGUCACUGGAAAAUUCAAGCUUUUUGGCUGAUAAAUUAUGUAAACGCACUUAUGGAGCGGAAACUGGUGGUCAGGAAUUUUUUCCAUGUCAUUGUACACCUGUCCAGUUGCACGAUGGUAUAAAAAAUGGAAAAUUCCUACAGGGAACCUUUGCAGCAUCAAGAGAGAAUUUUCUAGAGGGAUACGUCAACGCGGAAGGAAUGGAAAAAUCCAUUCUUAUUCAAGGUCGCAGCAACCUUAACAGAGCAGUUGAUGGUGACACAGUUGCAAUAGAACUGCUAGCAGAGGAUCAGUGGUCAUCCCCAAGUGAUAUUGUUCUCCAAGAUGAGGUGGAAGCAGACGUAGAUGAUGUUUUAGAAACAGAAAAGGUAUUAGACAAAUUUGUUGCUUCGAACAAAAUGCAAAAGACGCCCACUGGGAAGAUUGUUGGUAUUAUUAGAAGAAACUGGAGACAGUACUGUGGGAUACUUCAACCUAGUAAUAUUGAAGGGAAUGUAAGACAUUUGUUCGUCCCAGCCGAACGAAAGAUCCCUAAAAUAAGAAUUGAGACUAGGCAAUACAACGUUCUGUCUAAACAAAGAAUCAUAGUCGCCAUUGACUCGUGGCCACGCAAUUCGAGGUAUCCUUUAGGCCAUUUCGUCCGCGCAUUAGGUGAAAUAGGAGACAAGGCGACCGAAAAUGAAGUAAUACUUUUAGAGCAUGAUGUUCCACAUAGUCGGUUUUCUGACGCUGUUCUCAGUUCGCUUCCAAAAAUGCCAUGGUGCAUCACAGAAGUUGACUUAGUACACAGAGAAGAUCUUAGAUAUUUAGAUGUGUGUUCGGUUGACCCGCCAGGAUGUACAGAUAUUGAUGAUGCACUUCAUUGUAGAGAGUUGUCUAAUGGCAAUCUUGAAGUGGGUGUACACAUUGCAGAUGUAACACACUUUAUUAGACCUGGCACAGCUUUAGAUAAGGAGGCGGCUUUAAGAGCUACAACUGUAUAUUUGGUUAACACAAGGAUCGAUAUGAUUCCAGAAUUGCUUAGUUCGAAUCUUUGUUCUUUGAGAGGAAAUGAAGAUAGAUUAGCAUUCUCUUGUAUAUGGGAAAUGGACCGAGAUGCUAGUGUAGUUAACACAAGAUUCUGCAAGUCGGUAAUUUGUUCACGAGCGAGUAUGACUUACGACGAAGCUCAAUUGAGAAUAGAUGACUCUAAUCAGCAGGAUGUGCUCGCGAUAUCGAUGAGGAAUCUUAAUAAUUUGGCUAAAAAGUUAAAGAAGAAACGUUUGGAAAAUGGUGCAUUAGUACUAGCCUCACCAGAAAUCCGUUUUCGCGUUGACGACGAAACUCACGAUCCGAUUGACGUGGUGGCGAAGAAAUUAAAAGAAACUAAUUCUAUGGUUGAAGAGUUCAUGUUGCUAGCGAAUAUAUCGGUUGCCAAGAAGAUUGUGACUGAAUUCCCAGAGUGUGCUGUGUUAAGAAGACAUCCUGAGCCACCUCCUGCUAAUUUCGAACCCUUAAUAAAAGCUGGAAAAAAUCAAGGUUUCGAUAUAAUCGUUAAUACCGGAAAGGAAUUAGCGGAAUCCUUAAACAAAUGUCACCAAGAGGGAAAUCCUUACUUCAAUACCAUGUUAAGAAUAUUGGCUACUCGAUGUAUGAUGCAGGCUGUGUACUUUGUCAGUGGAAUGCAUCAACAAAGCGAAUACUUUCACUAUGGUUUAGCGUGUCCUAUUUAUACUCAUUUCACUUCACCCAUUCGAAGGUACGCAGACGUAAUGGUUCAUCGUUUAUUGGCGGUUUGUAUAGGAGUUGAUGCAACUUAUCCCGAUUUAUUAGAUAAGAAGAAGAAUCAUUCUUUGUGUCACAACUUGAAUUAUCGAAACCGAAUGGCUCAGUAUGCCGAGCGUGCAUCUGUUGCGCUUAACACGCAUCUGUUCUUCCGGGAGAAGGUUCAAGAUGAAGAGGGAUACAUACUUUUUGUACGAAAGAACGCGUUACAAGUGUUGAUCCCAAAAUACGGGUUAGAGGGAACUUUGUAUUUAAAGGACAACAAAGAGGCAUCUGUGUCAUUCACAUACAGUAGCGAAGAUCAUUCUCAGACUUGCGGGAAUAUCGUGUUUCGUACAUUUGAUCCUGUUGUAGUGCAAAUCUGUUUGGACAGAUCUAAUGUACAGCAUGAAAAAUUAAUAUUUAAACUUGUUAAGCCACAUAUCCCAGGAUUUAGCGUUUCUCCAGUCAGUGGAGAAAUGUCAUGUAUUGUUCAACAAGAAAGUACAAAAGAGGUGACCAAACGAAAAGCAGACCAAGAAAAAGUUGCAGAAAAUAGUACAGAAACCGAUGAAGGCAAGACGAAGAAAAAGAAAAGAAAGAAGAAGAAGAACUAG